AUGACUCCACUUAAUUUUUCAGAAUACAGUGAAGGCUCCGAGAGUACUGAAAGCAAUGGACAUAACAAGUCAAGUAGUACAGGUUUUGAUCAAAGUCAUGGCUUACCAAACUUAAAUCGAAGUGCAUUUGAACACAAUCUAAACCGAAGUGCGUUUGAGCAUAGUUUUACCCAAAGUGGCUUCACGCAAAGUGGCUUCACGCAAAGUGGCUUCACGCAAAGUGGUUUUGAGCAUAGUCUUCGGAGUAAUCAGAAUAUUCAAGUCACGACGAUACCAAUUCUUGAUCGAGCAGAUAAUCCAUUAAUGAGCUCGAUUGUACUCAUGGAUCAAGUAGAUUCAGCUUUUGGUAGUCCUCGAUUAAAAAAAGCAGAAGGAGAGUCAGGAUCAAGUUUAGGCCCGUUUCCAGCUUUAUCAAGAAAAUUUGAAGUCAACUUGUUAUCUCAAUGGCACAUUGGACUUCUAGUCUCAACAGGCUUUUCGGGAAUUCUCAUGACUUGUUUAAAGCGAGGUGUUUUACCCUUGUUAAAAUAUGAACUCAAGAUGAAGUCAUAUCAACUUGAUGCGGCUGCUGUGUUAAUUCAGCUGCCGUGGUCGUAUAGUUUCAUUUGGGGCGUUCUGUCAGACGCAGUACCGAUUUUGGAUUCCAGACGAAAGGCUUACAUUAUUCUCGCAUGGAUAUUGACAAUGUUAGCGUGCUUUUCCAUGGCCUUAUUGGACCAAUUUGUCUCGUAUCGAGCCGAGGGCAACGAUGUGACUUCAGCAGAUAUGUUAAUACAUGCUGAAACAUUCAUGGAUGCCUAUAUUUUCUUGCUAGGUUUGGCCAACUUUGGUUGUAUUGUGGCGUUAACUAUUGGACAGACAUAUGUGAUUGCACAAACUCGAUGGGAGCGUAUGUCGGUGCGUGGAACAGCUCUUGGUACGCUACUUAUUGCGCAGUAUACGGGCGAAUUCUUUGGACAGAUUAUAACAGACUACGCUAUCUUUUACGUGACUGACCUCGGAGCAAUACCAAAAGUAACUCUGCGUCAAACAAUGUUGUUUUUCGUCUUUUACACGGUCGUUCCAUUGAUAGGACUCUGCACCUGUUUCUUUGAAAAAUCGGAUCCUCCAGCUAUCAAUGCUACCCAUAAUCGUCACAAUCGUGCUAAUAAUGAAAACUUGGAGACAUCGGCAUCCGAGCUACAACGAGCUUACAUAACGGCAUCAAAUUUCUAUCAACGCCUUAAGCUCGCUUUGCGUGGCCAUUGGAUUCGUCUUCGAACUGCUUUGGGCAAAGAGUCGACAUCACGUGUUAUCCGCUUCUUGAUUGGUUUUAUCUUUAUGUCGGAGUUUUCAUUGCGAUACCCGAUCAAUCGACUCGAGGUUUGGUGUGGAAUGAAUGCUAAAGCUGCGUCAACGAGCAACAGUAUGUCGGAAAUAUUUUCUUUAUUACCAGUGAUACUCUGGAAGUAUUUCUUGAUGAAUACUGACUGGCGAUGGUGUGUGUUUUCAAGCUUUGUCAUUAUUACGAUAACACCUCAACUCGUGUAUUAUAUGAUGGCUACCCUCCAUCCUGCAUCACGUAAUAUCAAUAUCUACGCAGUGGUCUCAGCACUUACAGCAUUUCUUCGCAGUGCAAUUGUUAUUCUAGAAUUAGCAAUUACGGCCGAGAUUGCUCCUGUAGGUGGUGAAGGUGCUUUUGUUGGUAUUGUUGUCUCCAUGUCAACAAGUAUGCGACUCUUGGCAGUCACGGUCUCAAAUUUAAUCGGUUUCAUGUUCAAGGAUGUGGAAAAUGCUGUCAGUGGUAGGUCUGACCCUGAUAGGAUGCAAGUGGCGUUUGCAUUGGUGCUUUCACACAUUAUACAAAUCCUCGGUCUCGUAGCGCUGGUUUUCUUGCCAAAACAGAAGCGGCAUUUACAGCGUCUACAUCGCUUUGGAGACAAAGGGAAGCGAUGUACAACGUGGUGGAUACUAUCCUGUCUUGCAGUCUCUUUCAUUGUCAGCACAGUCCUUAAUGCGUUGGCAAUUGCACCGACAACAUCUUGUAUGGGAAUUGUCGGUGGUGGUGGUUGUUAG